ACCAACCAAAAUCAAACAUAGGAAAUUGACGGGGGCGGGCAAAUUCAGUAGAAUAGGGAAGCUUGAAGGGCAAGAGAGAUGGACCAUGAUGUCCAUUGGGAGGGCAACAAGUUGGAGUAAUCCCAAGGGGGUUGCCUUGAGGGAUGUCCUGUUAGCUCACACAGACCCCCAAACACACCCAUGGUCUGUCCCUUGUCCCCACAAGGUCACAACCUCACAUGAUUUUGUUUCUCCAUCUUUUUCAAAUCCUGUUAGUUCCACAAUAUAAAUAUUUGUAUAUAUAUCCCCCUUCCCUUCCAACCCUCUUCAAUCUUCCAUCACAUCUCUCUAAACUCUUCUCUCUUGCUCUAAUAUUCCUCUUAAAAUCUAAACCUUUUACCCCCAAACAAGUUUUACAUCAGCAGCAAUUCAAAGAAGAUGGCUAUCAGGAAAUCAAACAAGUUGCCUCAAACAGCAGUCAUCAAGCAAAUCCUGAAAAGGUGCUCAAGCUUAGGAAAGAAACAGAGCUAUGAUGAUGAAGAAGGACUCCCUUUGGAUGUCCCAAAAGGACAUUUCGUUGUGUAUGUUGGUGAAAACAGAAGCAGAUACAUUGUGCCCAUUUCUUUUUUGAGCCGACCGGAGUUCCAAAGCUUGCUUCAUCAAGCUGAAGAAGAAUUCGGUUUUGAUCACGAGAGAGGACUCACCAUUCCUUGUGAAGAAGUUGUUUUCCAGUCUCUAACAUCCAUGCUCAGAUGAAAACAAACAACAGACGUCGAACUCGAAACUAUUUUUGAUGAAUACGAUUGAGAUGAAGCUGCUUCAGUUCUUCCUUAAUUUACCAAGUUGUUUUAAACUCUGACCCCAAAACCCAUAGAUAUUAUUUAAUUUAUGUGGGUUUUAGGAUUGUAAAUCUGAGAAAGUUUGAGAAUUUGCUUUAGUGAAGAUGUGGUUGUAUAUCAAGUACCAAUGUACCCUGUGACUCUGUGAGGAAAGGGAAUUAAUAUCAAGGAUAUUUGGCGUUA